CCUUGCUCCGCCUUCCCAUCCUUUAAUGGACUCUCUGGGCAGCUAUGGUGCUGCCAGGACCUGGGGGGCUGAGGCCCCGCCCUCUCCUUUCUCAGCCAAUCAGCGUGUACCGGGAUGGCUAGCCGGGGUCCGUGCGCAGGGAUAGCAACUGGCGCGGGCUGUGGGGGAAGGAGUUGGGCUUCGGCCGGGUUUAGUCUGCUCGGGCGGGGCAGCAGGGAGUGAGUAGAGCCGAGCCGGCGCAGGACAGACCGAGCGCUCCCCUUAGAGCGGCCGGUCCCGCUGGCAUAAUCCGCGUCCCCGCCAUGAUCCCCUCCGGCCGCCUGUGAAGGGUCCCGGCGAGCUGAAGUCUGCGAGGGGCUGCGGGCGGCAGCAGGAUCCCACCCGGCGAGCUGCGCUCUGCGCCUUCCCUUCCCCCCGCUGGCUCUGAGUAGAGAGGCUGGUUCCGCUUGGCGAGGGUGCGACCCGUUGGAGCUGGCGCCUCGGUGCGUUCGGGGCUGCCCGGAGAGCGCUGCCAGGCUACAGCUCACCGGCGCCUCGGGCAGUGUUUUGUUGCUUGUAAUUGCUGGCAAGUUUGACGCUGCUGGACAGUGAGGUCUGAGACCCCCUUCGACCAGGCCAUGAGGAGCAGGAGUAACUCCGGGGUGAGGCUGGAUGGCUAUGCCAGGCUGCUGCAGCAGACCAUCCUCUGUCACCAGGACCCGGUGACAGGAUUGCUCCCAGCCAGCUGUGAUCACAAAGAUGCCUGGGUCCGGGAUAACGUCUACAGUGUGCUGUCCGUGUGGGGCCUGGGCUUGGCGUACCGCAAAAAUGCAGACCGUGAUGAGGACAAGGCAAAGGCAUACGAGCUGGAGCAGAGUGUAGUGAAACUGAUGCGGGGAUUGCUGCAGUGCAUGAUGAGACAGGUGGAUAAGGUGGAGGCAUUCAAGCACAGCCAGAGCCCAAAGGACUGUUUCCAUGCCAAGUACAACACCCACACCUGUGCCACUGUCGUUGGAGAUGACCAGUGGGGUCACUUGCAGUUAGAUGCCACAUCAAUUUACCUGCUCAUGUUGGCACAAAUGACAGCCUCUGGGCUUCACAUUAUCUACAGUCUGGACGAAGUCAAUUUCAUACAGAACGUUGUGUUUUACAUCGAAGCAGCGUAUAAAACUGCAGACUUCGGGAUAUGGGAACGUGGAGACAAGACAAACCAAGGAAUCACGGAGCUGAACGUGAGCUCAAUCGGCAUGGCUAAGGCAGCCCUCGAAGCCCUGGAUGAACUUGAUCUCUUUGGUGCCAAAGGAGGCCCUCAGUCAGUGAUCCAUGUCCUGACAGACGAGGUGCAGCAUUGCCAGUCUAUUCUCCAUUCCAUGCUGCCAAGGGCUUCGACUUCCAAGGAGAUUGAUGCCAGCCUCCUCUCAGUCAUCUCGUACCCUGCCUUUGCCGUGGAGGACAGUGAGCUGGUGGAGAUAACUAAGCAAGAAAUCAUUACAAAGUUGCAGGGGCGUUAUGGCUGCUGCCGGUUUCUCCGAGAUGGGUACAGGACCCCUAGAGAGGACCCAAAUCGCCUCUAUUAUGAGCCUGCUGAGCUGAAGCUCUUUGAGAACAUUGAGUGCGAGUGGCCUUUGUUCUGGACCUACUUCAUUAUUGAUGGGAUCUUCAGCGGCAACGUAGAGCAGGUCCAGGAGUACAGGGAGGCCCUCGAAGGCGUGCUCAUCAAGGGGAAGAAUGGAGUUCGCCUGGUGCCAGAGCUGUACAGUGUCCCUCCCAAUAAGAUGGAUGAGGAGUAUGUGAAUCCCCACACUGUUGACCGAAUCCCUAUGGGCAAGCUGCCCCACAUGUGGGGCCAGUCUCUCUACAUCCUGGGGUGCCUGAUGGCAGAGGGAUUUCUGGCUCCAGGUGAAAUUGAUCCCCUGAAUCGUAGAUUUGCUACUGUCCCAAAGCCGGAUGUGGUAGUCCAAGUGUGCAUCCUAGCAGAGACAGACGGCAUCAAGGCCAUCCUGAAGAAGCAGGGCAUUGAGGUGGAGACAGUGGCUGACGUCUACCCCAUCAGAGUGCAGCCGGCCCGGAUCCUCAGCCACAUCUAUGCUAGAUUAGGUCGCAAUAAGCGAAUGAACUUGAGUGGACGACCCUUCCGGUACAUGGGAGUCCUAGGCACAUCCAAGCUCUAUGACAUCAGAAAGAACAUCUUCACCUUUACACCCCAGUUCAUCGAUCAGCAGCAGUUCUACUUGGCUCUGGACAACAAGAUGAUCGUUGAGAUGCUGCGGACAGACCUCUCCUACCUGUGCAGCCGCUGGAGGAUGACUGGACGGCCGACAAUCACCUUCCCCAUCUCACAAACCAUGCUUGAUGAAACUGGAACCAGCAUCCACCCGACGGUACUGGCAAUGCUGAGGAAGCUGCAGGACGGGUAUUUUGGUGGGGCGAGGACCCAAACGGGUAAGUUGUCUGAGUUCCUGACAACUUCGUGUUGCACACACCUCAGCUUCAUGGAUCCCGGGCCAGAGGGUAAGCUCUAUGCUGAUGAUUACGGGCUCAGCAUUGACAGCUACAGUGAGCUCAAUCCCGAGGAGUGGCUGCAUGGCUUUCAAUUAGCGGAUGAUGCUGACGUUUGUGAUGAAGUGGCUCAGUAUUUAGAUCACCUUUUGGAGCACACAGCUCCCAAGGCUGCCCAGAAGGGAGGGCUGCAUCGCUUCCGAGCCGCAGUGCACACCACUCGUGACCUCAUGUCCCUGGUGUCCCAGGCCAAAGAGCUGCACGUACAAAAUGUCAACAUGUACAUCCCGUCCAAGCUGUUCCAGGCCUCCCAGCCUUCAGUGCACUUGCUGGGCUCCACCCACACACCCGAACAGGACAGCCAGAUUCCCUCGCUCCACACCCUGGUAAAUCUUCCUCGAGACAAGGCUGGAAACGUGGACUGCAAGGCCCUGGUGGAUCAGCUGCGAGAGUGCCCCACCCUACAGGAGCAGGCUGACCUUCUUUACAUGCUUCACACCCUCAAGGGGCUUGACUGGGACACGGAGAUCGAUGGUCAACCUGGUGCUACGGUCAAGGACCUCCUCACUGAGCUAUAUGUCAACGUGGGGGCUACCCAACAGUGGGCCCUGAUCCGCUACAUCUCUGGGAUCUUGAAAAAGAAGGUGGAAGCUCUCGAUGAGGCCUGCACUGACCUCCUGUCUCAUCAGAAGCACUUGACAGUGGGGCUGCCUCCAGAGCCUCGGGAGAAGACGAUCUCUGCCCCUGUCCCGUAUGAGGAGCUCACCCACCUGAUUGACGAAGCCAGUGAGAAGAACAUGAGCGUCUCGAUCCUGACUCAGGAAAUCAUGGUCUACCUGGCCAUGUACAUGCGUACGCAGCCCGCCCUCUUUGCUGAGAUGUUCCGCCUUCGCAUUGGGCUCAUCAUCCAGGUGAUGGCAACGGAGCUGGCACACUCCUUGCACUGCUCAGCUGAAGAAGCCACCGAGAGCUUGAUGAACCUCAGUCCUUCAGAUAUGAAGAGUCUUCUACACCACAUUCUCUCUGGCAAGGAGUUUGGAGUGGAGAAGAGCGUGCAUUCUGUUGAUUCAGCCCUAACCCCCGCUAUUUCCAUCCGCGAGGUUGGUGCCGUCGGAGCGACUAAAACAGAGCGAGCUGGGAUAGUGAAGCUAAAGAGUGAGAUCAAACAGCAACUGGAUAAACAUAGGCAGUCUCUGAGGGAGAGUAAGUCCUGUGACUUCCACUCUCUGGAGAUGGAUUCAGGAUCUCCUCUGAGUUCUGGACGCUCCAUCUUGCCUGCUGGGGGAUCCUUCGCUAGCAUGCUGGAAGAUCGGGUCUCCAGAGACGGCCGCCAUGGCCAGUGGCAGCGGAGAAGGCGGCUGGACGGAGCGCUCAACAGAGUCCCGGUGGGCUUCUACCAGAAGGUCUGGAAAAUCCUGCAGAAGUGCCAUGGCCUCUCUGUGGAGGGCUUUGUCCUUCCAGCCUCAACAACCAAAGAGAUGACUCCUGGGGAGAUCAAGUUUUCAGUCCAUGUGGAGUCCGUCUUGAACCGUGUUCCACAGCCAGAAUACAGGCAGCUCCUGGUAGAAGCCAUCCUUGUCCUGACCAUGCUGGCAGAUGUGGAAAUACACAGCAUUGGGGGCAUCAUUGCAGUGGAAAAGAUUGUACACAUAGCAAAUGACUUAUUCUGUGAAGAACAGAAAGCACUGGGCGCUGAUGACAACAUGCUGGAGAAAGAUCCCGCCACAGGCAUCUGUACCUUGCUGUAUGACAGUGCCCCUAGUGGCAGGUUUGGCACCAUGACCUACCUCUCCAGAGCAGUGGCAACAUAUGUGGAGGAGUUCCUCCCCAGCAGUGGCUGUACCAUGCAAUAGACCCAUUUGGGCUUGCAGCUGGAGUUUACAAACUGCCUUGGAUUACCUUUUAGGAGUCAAAGGCAGGCGUUAAGCUAGCUUGCUGGUAGACUGUCUCCAUGCCAUGACAACUUGUUGAAUUCAGGGGUGGAACCUACCAUUUCCUAGCUUCACCCUGGGGAAAAAAACACUCUGCUGCAAUAACUGUUCUUAGCAGGGGAGCAUGUCUCUGCUGAUGCCAAGUGAUGUUUCAGGAGAGCAUGUUUGUGUGAUUAAACCAUGGCUGUGUUUGCAUACAGCCAUCCCAGCUCUUCCCUGACACUGAACCCAGGACCGGAUUCACAUGUGAGAGGCCUGUGCUGAGGGUCCCAGGGUUUGAUCCCUGCUUGGCUCUGGGGUGUCUGUAUGUGCAUUACAAGUCAAAGCUUGGGGUAGGUUUCACUCAGUGAGGUGGUGAAUGGGGGAGGGCUCUGCAGAUGCACACUAUGGUGCUCAGGCUGGUCUCACCUCACUGGUUUCCCUCUAUUGUGUUUUGGGUUUUGAACAGGCUCUUGCUGCUCUAGCCCCAAAUGUGUGUUGAAUUUUGAAGGAGGGUUUUAUAAACUGAACAGUAGCUUACCCUGUUGUCGUAGGGGCUUGGGCCCAGAGCAGACCCUGCUGGCAUUAACUCGCUGAGCAACGUAAACCUAGUCCCUGCCCGUUAGUCCCACGGGCUUCUUCCCACAGUGCAGUCUGGACCCAUUGGCGCCGACUCCAUGGGUCCUCCAGGGCUGGAGCACCCACAGGGAAAAAUUGGUGGGUGCUCUGCACCCACUGGCAGCUCCCCACCCCGACCCAGGUCGCCUCCACCUCCACUCUGCCUCCUCUCCUGAGCACGCCGCCGCGUCCUGCUUCUCCCCCCAUCCCUCCCAGCACUUGCCCCGGGCAAGUCUGGGAAGGAGGGGGAACGUGGCGCACUUGGGGGAGGAGGCGGGGCUGGGAUGGGGAUU